CGUCGGUCGCUCUCAGCGGCAGAGCAGAGCGGAGCUGCGAGGCGCUCUCGCGGAGCAGACGGGCGGGCAGGCGGGCGUGAGGGGGAGCGCGGGCGGCCGAGGAAGCUCGAAGGGCGGACAGCGGCGGCGAGCGCUCGGCCCGGGGCUGCGGGAGCCGGAGACCGCGGCGGCGGCGGCUGCUGCAGGAGGAGCCGAGGGGACACCGCCCCUGCCCGCGCCCUGCCUCUGGCCAUCGCUGUUCCCCCGGGGCCCCGCGCGGACUCGCCUGCGUGAAGUGUCACGAUGUCUGACCGGAAGGCAGUGAUCAAGAACGCAGACAUGUCUGAGGACAUGCAACAGGAUGCCGUUGACUGCGCCACACAGGCUAUGGAGAAGUACAACAUAGAGAAGGACAUUGCUGCCUAUAUCAAGAAGGAAUUUGACAAGAAAUAUAAUCCUACCUGGCAUUGUAUCGUGGGCCGAAAUUUUGGCAGCUACGUUACACACGAGACAAAGCACUUCAUCUAUUUUUACUUGGGUCAAGUUGCAAUCCUCCUCUUCAAGUCAGGCUAGGUGGCCACAGGGAAGGUGUCAGUGGCGGCGGCAGCGAUGGCAAGCAGGCGGCGUUGCUGGGACUGUUUUGCACUGGGGCCAGCAUCAGGAAGUCCUCUCCAAUGGCUGUGCUACUGCAUGGACUGUAUACUCGAUUUCAUGUGUAUGUCGCAGUAAACAAAACCAAACUUCUUUCUGUUUAGUUGCCUGGGGAAGAAGGCUGCUUUAUGUUUAUUUUUCAAGACUUAAAAUAUUUUUUUUUGGUUGUAUUGCACUAGGAAAUCUGUCCCACCCCCCCUCUUUUCUCUUUCUCUCCCUAUACAAAAUAAAAAGCCCUCAAAAAAAGCCUAUGAGACUAGGAGGGCUGGGGAAAAGAAAUCAGUUUCUGGAGGUGGAACUAAAACUGUGCAGCUGCCUCUUCCUGGUGGUGGAUGCUGCUUGGAAAGGCCGGGGAGGCUGCGGGGGGGACAAUGCUAGGAUUGGCAAGGAGAUGGAUAGGAAGGAGGGUAGGGGGAUUGAUCUAGUACCAGGGAGAAUAUUCCACUGAACUGUGAUUCCACGGCUUGGGGCAGAGGGUGGGGUUGGGGCGGGGUGGUUCUUUAAGGGGCCCUGAGACGUGUUUGUCUUUGGUGUGUGGGAGUGGGGAGCAGAUUUGUCUUGCUGUCUUUGUCAGAAGAGUUUCUAAGUAAUGGCAGUGUCUUUGUGGAUUACCUUUUAUUCUUCCUGCCAGAGCUCAUGCUAGGAGUAUGUUGAGGUUGGAGUAGCUUGAUUUUUUUUUUUUUCUUUUCAUUCAUUCUUCUGUACUUUUGUGUGCUCCCUGCUUAGCCCUCGGUUUUCUCAUUCCUCUGGAGUUCUCUUAGAGCAGCCCGUUAGUUGGCUGGCAAGGGAAUUUCUGGUGACUGUAGUUCCUUAGUUAGGUCUUAGCAAUCAAACCAAAUCAAUGUCUCCCUUGAUUCUCCUGUGUGUAUGUGUGUGUUUGUGUGUGUGUGUAUGUGUGUGUGCCUUGGUUUGGGGUAGAGGGGAGGGAGGGGCAGGAUGGUGUGGAAUCUCUAGGGUGUAUUGGUAGGUAGGGUGCACAGUUAGUUUUAAAUGGGCCUUUCUGUUAAAAACCUCUGGGGAAUGUCUGAUUUGGGGGUGAAGACAGGUGUCAUCCCCCUCAGCCAUCUUGCCCAGACACUCUGCUUGUCCUAUGGCUGUUUGUUCCCAGGAAGGCUUUAGGAGGAUAGCCCGCAGUGAGAUGGUCAUGCUGCCAUCUGCCCUGGAGUUGGCUCUCAGUGGAGAGGCAAAGUGACUUUGUGGACAGUUGCAGCCUCUUAUAGGAGGUAAGGAGGAAGUGAUAAAGGGCAGUGAGGGGCUUGGGAGGAACUUUGGAGGUCAGGCUUGCAGUGAUGAAGCCAGGUAUCAGGAGAUGGAGCAGGGCCGCUAGUGGGAGGAGAUUCCAAGGAGAGUGCUGGGGAAAUCUUGUCUGUUGAUCAAAUCAAACAGGGAUGGGGUGGGGGUAAGGGUGGGGGGAGUCAUUGCUGAUUGAGCUGCUGAUUCUUGUAAAUUGCAUUAAAAACUCUCAUGUGUGUGGUUGACACUGAGGGCAUUUGGGAUCCAGCUCAUUCUUUUUUUUUUUCAACUCCAUCUUUGGGGCUGGUGGGGAGGCAGGAGAAAGUCCCCUCCCCAAGCCUUUAGUGUAUGUUGAGCUUUCUUUUUGACACUGACAGGGGAGGGUGGGGACUGGGAUGGUGAGUGAGUUCCCUGUAUCAAACCCUUUUAUGAAUGUCAAAAUCUGUGUUCCCCUGCCCUCCCAGACUUGUGUGGCCAGUUGGAAAUGUCUGGUUUGUGUUCAUUUCUCCCUCAUUUCUGGAGCAGGGGCUGAGACCCUGCCACAUCUCCUAUGCUCUGCAUCCAUGCCUCUUUUGGACAUUAAAGGUUGAUUGAUGCACUUCA